UCAGGGUGGGUAGAAGCCGUGCCCAGGUAGCAGCCUGGAGGCUUGCCCAGUGGCCUCUCUGGGCCCCACUGCGCGCCUUCGCGAAGAGUGGGGAGCCGGGUAGCCCUGGAGGGUGCGGCGUGCGCGCCCCGGGCUCGCGAUCUCUCUGGGUCCCUAGGUCGGAAUUGUUUCCGGGCCCGAUUGGGUACCUAGUCUGCCCCAGCAUGUUUAGAGAGCGUCUCCUUGCCAUUGCUUCCCAGGUUAGAUGCCGUCGAGUUGAUUUGAUAGGUGUGCCCCCUCCCCGGGCCGAGGAGGAAGACACACCUUUGACCUUUCUAUAGAGCUGCUCAGGGUCGUUAACCAGAGGGUAGGGACAGGUGCCAAGGUGCUAAAUUAAAAACUAACCCGCUCCUCUGCCUGCCACUCCUUAACUGCUCAAGGAAAAACUGCGUAGAAAAUCUAAUGGAUGAAGAUGAGAAAGACAGGGCAAAGAGAGCUUCUCGAAACAAGUCUGAGAAGAAGCGUCGGGACCAGUUCAAUGUUCUCAUCAAAGAGCUUAGCUCCAUGCUCCCUGGCAACACGCGGAAAAUGGACAAAACCACCGUGCUGGAAAAGGUCAUUGGAUUUUUACAGAAACACAAUGGUAAAGAAGUCUCAGCGCAAACGGAAAUCUGUGAUAUUCAGCAAGACUGGAAGCCUUCAUUCCUCAGUAAUGAAGAAUUCACCCAGCUGAUGUUGGAGGCGUUAGACGGCUUCAUCAUCGCAGUGACCACGGAUGGCAGCAUCCUCUAUGUUUCAGACAGUAUCACGCCUCUCCUGGGGCAUUUACCGUCAGAUGUCAUGGAUCAGAAUUUGUUAAAUUUUCUUCCAGAACAAGAACAUUCAGAAGUUUAUAAAAUGCUCUCUUCCCAUAUGCUUGUGACAGAUUCCCCCUCCCCAGAAUACUUAAAAUCUGACAACGAUUUAGAGUUUUAUUGCCAUCUUCUCAGAGGCAGCUUGAACCCAAAGGAAUUUCCAACUUAUGAAUACAUAAAAUUUGUAGGAAAUUUUCGCUCUUACAACAAUGUGCCUAGCCCCUCUUGUAAUGGCUUUGACGGCACCCUUUCAAGGCCCUGCCGGGUGCCGCUGGGAAAGGAGGUCUGCUUCAUCGCCACAGUUCGUCUGGCAACACCACAGUUCUUAAAGGAAAUGUGCAUAGUUGACGAACCUUUAGAGGAAUUCACUUCAAGGCAUAGCUUGGAAUGGAAAUUUUUAUUUCUGGAUCACAGAGCCCCUCCGAUCAUAGGAUACCUGCCUUUUGAAGUUUUGGGGACCUCAGGCUAUGACUACUACCACAUUGACGAUCUGGAGCUCCUGGCCAGGUGCCAUCAGCACUUGAUGCAGUUUGGUAAAGGGAAGUCCUGUUGCUACCGGUUCCUCACCAAAGGCCAGCAGUGGAUUUGGCUGCAGACGCAUUACUACAUCACUUACCACCAGUGGAACUCCAAGCCCGAGUUCAUCGUGUGCACGCACUCGGUCGUCAGUUACGCGGAUGUCCGGGUAGAAAGGAGGCAGGAGCUGGCUUUGGAAGACCCGCCACCCGAGGCCAUCCACCCUUCAGCACUCAAGGACAAGGGCUCCAGCCUCGACCCUCAGCAGCACUUUAACGCACUUGACGCAGGCACCUUGGGCCUUAACACCAGUCAUUCACCAUCAGUGUCCUCCAGAAGCUCCCACAAAUCCUCACACACGGCCAUGUCAGAACCCGCCUCUGCCCCAAGCAAGCUGAUGGCAGAGGCCAGCACCACGGCUUUGCCGAGACCAGCCACCCUGCCCCAAGAGCUCCCCGUGCCAGGGCUCAGCCAGGCAGCCACAAUGCCGGCUCCCCUGCCUGCCCCGUCAUCCUGUGACCUCACACAGCAGCUCCUGCCUCAGACCAUUUUGCAGAACCCACCUGCCCCCAUGACACAGUUCUCAGCACAGUUCAGCAUGUUCCAGACCAUCAAAGACCAGCUGGAGCAGCGGACACGGAUCCUGCAAGCUAACAUCCGGUGGCAGCAGGAGGAGCUCCACAAGAUCCAGGAGCAGCUCUGCCUGGUCCAGGACUCCAACAUCCAGAUGUUCCUGCAGCAGCCAGCUGUUUCCCUGAGCUUCAGCAGCGCAACGCGGCCUGAGGCUCAGCAGCAACUCCAGCAGAGGUCAGCCCCAGCCUCCCAGCCCCAGCUUGUGACCAGCCCUCAACUCCCAGGGCAGAUUGCCUCUGCCCAGGUGGCAAACCAGCACCUGCUCAGAGAAUCAAGUGUGAUAUCAACCCAGGGUCCUCGGCCAAUGAGAAGCUCACAGAUGAUGCAGGGAAGUGGCCACUCAGUGAGCAGCUUGACGCCCCAGUUCAGCAGCACCACGGCUGUGCUCCCACCAGCUCUGAGCCUGACCACGCUUGCUUCCGCCUCCCAGGAUGGCAGCCAGUGCCAGCCCAGCCCAGACUUUGGUCACGAUCGGCAGCUCAGGCUAUUGCUGAGCCAGCCCAUCCAGCCCAUGAUGCCUGGGUCCUGUGAUGCGAGGCAGCCCUCAGAGGUCAGCAGGACUGGACGGCAAGUCAAGUAUCCGCAGAGCCAGUCCGUGUUUCAAAAUGCAGACAUGCACACCACCAGCAGCAGCACCUCGCCCCCCGUCCUGCUGAUGGGACAGGCGGUGCCUCAGCCCAGCUUCCCCGCCGCCGCCUCCAGGCAGUCACCCCUGCAGCCCGCACAGGCCCCGCAGCAGGCACAGCACUUCCUGCAGGUACAGGCACCGACCUCUUUGCACAGUGAGCAGCAGGACUCCCUACUUCUCUCCACCUACUCGCAACCGCCAGGGACCCUGGGCUACCCACCCCCACCCCAGCCCCCACGCCCACCCCGAAGGGUCAGCAGCCUGUCUGAGUCCUCGGGCCUCCAGCAGCCGCCCCGGUAGUGCCCUGGCACCUCAGUCGGGUCACAAUCAGCUUUAACCAAUGGACGGACAAUGGGAGUGGCCACAGGAGUGGGGGAGAGGAGUUUUAAACCCUUGGCUUUUAUGCACACUGCAUACAUUUCAGAACUCCUGGAUGGUAACCUUCUCCGGAGCACAGCAGCUGGCAUGUGACACAUGAUCAGAGUACUGGCCGUGUUUCCCUUGCCUGUGUGUUUCUCGGGCACACUCUACAGCCAUACUCGGAUGGGAACCGAGUGCCCCCGCGUAAGUGUCGUUACUCAGUUGACUUAGCAGGUGGCACGGCUCGCUGCGUCCUCCUGAGAGAGUGUACUGGUCCCUCUAGCCGGCUGUGGUCUGUCCACGCUUGCUAGCUGGCCUUCACUCUCUUGACCCUCUUUUCUUUGCAUUCGAGAAGCACUGGGUCAGAGAUCUGUUGAAGAGAGAG